AUGGAUCUUGCUACGUCGGACUUGCCUUCUUCUCUUGUGUGUGAUGUAAAUGGAGCUAGCAAGGCUCAGUUUGUGAAGGACCUUCAUGUUAAAGUGCAAGAGAACAUCCAAAAGAGGAAUGGACACUAUGCAAGAGUUGCUAACAAAGGACGUAAGGAGGUGAUCUUCAAUCCCGGAGAUUGGGUUUGGGUGCAUUUCCAAAGGAUUCGCUUCCCGGACAAAGUGAAGUCCAAGCUCGCACCACGAGGAGAUGGACCGUUCCAAAUCAAAAAUAGGGUCAACAACAACGCCUAUGUCGUCGACCUCCCAGGUGAGUACAAUGUUAGUUCCACAUUCAAUGUCUCUGACUUGAGCCCUUUUGACGUCUUAGGAGUCGAUCUGGAUUUGAGGACAAAUCCUUUACAAGAAGAGGGGGAUGAUGCGAAUCCACAAGUCUCGCAUCAUUUGAUCAACCCCACCAAGGACAUUCAUCGACCAACGACGAGGGCAAUGACAAAGAAGAUGCAAGAAGCUUUAAGCACAUUCAUCCGUGGAAUAAGCUCAUCCGAAGAGAGUGCUCGAGUAGGGGAUGACCGGAAGCUGAAAAUGGUACUCAAGGCCUCGUGGGAAGAGGGAACGGAAGCGACGCCCGUCAGGACAUGUCUUUUGGAGUCAUCCGCGCUUCAAUGCGCGACGUUCGUAUAA